CAUUUCCAUCCUUUUAUCAGGACAAACCAAAUCCUCAUUCAAAAUCCUCAAUUUCCCUUUCCUUCAACAUUUCGCUCUUUUCUUUCUACUUUCCCCUCUUUUAUUCUAUCCUCCAUAGACAAACAAUGGAUGGCUCAGAGGGGAGUUCAACCGGUGCUCCGCCGCCAUUUCUGACCAAAACAUAUGAAAUGGUAGAUGAUCCGAUGACUAAUUCUAUUGUAUCGUGGAAUCAAAGUGGUUUCAGCUUUGUGGUUUGGAACCCACCGGAAUUCGCACAAGAAUUGCUUCCAAUUUAUUUCAAACACAACAACUUUUCUAGUUUUGUUCGUCAAUUGAACACUUACGGAUUUAGGAAGAUCGAUCGAGAACAAUGGGAAUUCGCCAACGAGGGGUUUAUAAGAGGAAAAACACAUCUUCUAAAAAGCAUUCAUAGACGAAAACCAAUCUACAGCCAUAGCCAGAGCAGCCAAGGAAAUGGAGGAGCUCCAUUAUCAGAACAAGAAAGACACGAACUGGAGCAAAAAAUCAAAACUCUUUAUCAAGAAAAGACCAAUCUCCAAUCCCAGCUACAGAAACACGAAAACGAAAAAGAACAAAUUGGGCAUCAAAUUCAAAGAAUCUGUGAGAAAUUGUGGCGAAUGGGGAAUCAACAGAAGCAGCUAAUUGGGAUAUUGGGAGCAGAGUUGGAGAAGAAUGAGCACAGAAAAAAGAGGAAAAUAGGGAAAGUGAAUGAGUUCUUAGUUGAAGAAUUGACAGAAUUUGAGAAAGACAAUUUGAAGAAGAAGAAGGUGAAUGUUCCGCCAUUGGAGCUGCUGGGGAAGCUGGAAUUAUCCUUGGGAUUGUGUGAGGAUUUGCUGAGUAAUGUAGGUCAAGUUUUGAAGGAAGGGAAGGAAAUGGAAGUGAAAAAGGAAGGGGAAAUGAGAAGUGGAGUAAAUGAUGUGUUUUGGGAACAUUUCUUAACAGAGAUUCCAGGGUCCUCCAAUGUAACUCAAGUUCAUUUGGAUAGAAGGAACAAUGUUGUAAGGUAGCUUAGUUGUUUUGUAAAUGAUUCACUUUUUGUUUUUUGAAUUAGAAUUUUAGAUUGGGAAAUUGUCAAUCAUUAAUAUUUGAUGCAUUUCCGCGCGUUCGUGUCUAUUUGAUCGGUCAAAAGUAUUUAAUAGAUAUCAAAUAGAUUUCUAAACUUUCAAUUCUA